AUGAAGUGCUUGAACAACCGGGCCGACAGCCACCUGACUGGGCAGGUGGAGUGCGAGUUGGACAACAUGGGCAAUGGUGCCUGGGUGAACCAGGCCUACUGUGGCUCUCCUCCGCCCCUGCCCCGAGCUGUCAGCACCAUCUACAACCCUCAGCCUCUCUUCCAAGGCUCCAUGGACAGCAUGUACAAAGUGGACCCCCCCAACCCGUUCCAGCAUCCACCCGUGGAACCACUACCCAGCGAGCAAAGUCCGGUGAAGAAACAAAGAGGCUGCUGCUCUUUCAUCAAAGGGAUGUGGGGAACAACAUUGACCGAAAACACCUCUGACAACAGGGAACUGUUUGUCCGAACCACCCUGCGGGAGUUACUGGUCUAUCUGGUGUUCUUGGUGGACAUGUGCCUCUUGACGUACGGUAUGACCAAUUCAAGCACCUACUAUUACACUAAAGCCAUGACGGACCUGUUUGUGAAUACAGCCGGUGAAAAGGGGGUUAAGUUUCAGUCCAUUGGCACCAUGUCCGACUUCUGGAUUUAUGCCCAAGGCCCAUUGCUGGACGGCCUCUACUGGACUAAAUGGUAUAACAACCAGUCACUGGAGAGCGGAAACAAGUCCUUCAUCUACUAUGAGAAUAUGUUGCUGGGAGUUCCCAGGAUGAGGCAGAUCAAGAUCCUGAACAACUCCUGCAAGGUCCACAAUGACUUCCAAGAUGAGAUCACUGGAUGUUUUGAUGUCUACAAUGACAAGAAGGAGGACGACCUCGGCUUCGGUCUCAUUAACGGCACCGCCUGGACCUACCACAAGGAGAAGGAGAUCAAGGGUUCCUCUCACUGGGGCUUGCUGACCACCUACAGUGGAGCAGGAUACUAUCAAGACCUGAGUCGGACCAAAGAGGAGAGCGCCACCAUUAUGACGGAACUGGUGGACCACCUAUGGCUGGACCGAGGAACCAGAGCAGUCUUCAUCGACUUCUCCACUUACAAUGCAAACAUCAACAUGUUCUGCGUUAUCAGGUUGGUAGUUGAAUUCCCAGCCACAGGUGGAGCGAUCCCUUCCUACCAGAUCAGAACGGUCAAACUGAUUCGCUACAUCACCUACUGGGAUUACUUCAUCCUGGGCUGUGAGAUAGUCUUCUGUGUGUUUAUCCUCUACUAUGUUGUGGAAGAGAUGCUUGAGCUAAAAAUACACAAGUGGUCCUACUUCGGAAGCAUCUGGAACAUACUGGACAUUGUUGUCAUAAUGCUCGCCAUCGUUGCCAUCAUAUUCAAUAUUUUCCGAACCGUCAAAGUGGACAAGUUGCUUGGAAAACUCCUGGAACAACCUGAAAUCUAUGCUGAUUUUGAAUUUCUGGCCUUUUGGCAAACACAAUACAACAACAUGAAUGCUGUGAACUUGUUCUUCGCAUGGAUCAAGGUUUUCAAGUACAUCAGCUUUAAUAAGACCAUGACUCAGCUGUCCUCCACACUGGGAAGAUGUGCUAAAGACAUCUUGGGAUUCGCCAUCAUGUUCUUCAUCGUCUUCUUCGCUUAUGCUCAGCUUGGAUAUUUGCUCUUUGGGACGGAGGUUGAUUCCUUCAGCACCUUUGUGAAGUGCAUCUUCACACAGUUCAGGAUUAUUCUCGGAGACUUUGAUUAUGACGCCAUCGACCGUGCCAACAGAGUUCUCGGGCCAAUCUACUUCGUCACCUAUGUGUUCUUUGUUUUCUUUGUUCUGCUGAACAUGUUUCUGGCCAUCAUCAACGACACAUAUUCUGAGGUCAAGGAGGAGCUCUCAUCCCAAAAAGACCAGCUGCAGAUUACGGACAUCAUCAAACAGAGCUAUAUGAGGACAUUUACGAAGUUGAAACUGAAAAAGGAGAAAAUAUCAGAUGUUCAGAAAGCACUGCGCUCUGGAUCUGGAGAAAUUGAAUUCAAGGACUUCAGAGAAACUCUGAAAGAGAUGGGACAUGCCGAUCAUGAAAUCUCAGCAGCCUUCUCGCGGUUUGACUGUGAUGGGAACCAAAUUCUAGACGAGGACGAACAAGAAAGGAUGAAAAUCGAGCUGGAGGAAAAGAGGGACGCUCUGAGCGCUGAACUCAACAAUCUUGGAAAGAAUUACGAAGACGAAUUACUGGAGAAGCCUGCUGUGCCCACCAGUGAGCAGAAGAACCAAAUCUUUGUGGAUCGGGAACAAUUUCUUAAAGUGGUCAGACAGGUUCUCCAACUCGAAAGCUCUGUGGCCGGCAUCUCAACCAGAAUGGAGUUGAUUAUGGAGAAACUGGGAUUACAGGAGAAAACCAAUGGGAAGGAAACUGCAGGGAAACCGUCUGCAACCAAUAAAGAUAGCGAUGAUGCUGCCUCAGAUAGGAGCGUCCUGGUUUGUGUGGACAGAGGCACGAAGGCCGAUCUGUCAUUCAGGAAACCAGCACUUCGUACCAACACCACUUACGACUGUCAUAUGUGA